AUGCAUGAUAAGGAUUCAUGGCCUGAGCUGUCUCAAGCGGGACAGACCAUUGUAAAGCUGAGAGAUGGAAAUACUGGAGAUAUACCUUUGAUAAUCAUCCACGGAGGAGGCGGAGCGAUUCAUGCUUUUGGCCCAUUACAACGCAAAUUCCGUUCUGCUCUUUGGGCCCUUCAAGUUACCCCAGACACACCCCUUACAACGGUGGACGAACAGGCAAAAUUUUAUUAUUAUAAAAUCAAGAGUGAGCGAAGAACGGGACCUUACCGCCUUGCCGCAUUCUCAGCCUCCAGCAUCAUCGGAUUUGCGCUUACGCGCAUUUUGGAACGCAAUGGAGAUAAAGUGAUCCAACUCGCACUCAUUGACCACUUUCCGACCACAUUUCUUGCUCCUGCGCUUGGAGUCGAUGUCACCAAAAUGCCACUCCAACAUCCCCGUGCCCGGAAAGAGUUCAUUGACACCAGUUUCGACAACUUGGUCACCAUAAUCCGUAGAGACGGGGGUGGAAAUGUUCUUCGACGACAUCGCCUCGCAGAUGGGCUUUCUGACGCUCGCAAAGGGCUGCCAACAGCGCCCUUCAUCCAGUCGCACAAGGACAUUUUAGACCGAUUUCUUAAUCAGGUGUUUGACUUCAUCUUAGUCGUUUGUAGGAACUCAGAAAUGCCGGCGUCUGAGAUAGCACAACGCGGGUCGGGACACAAGACUAUCAAUGCACUAGAAGAAUGGCUCCAAUCUGUCAAUGCGCCCGUGUCCAUUUAUCUCGGGUCCUAUGGGAUGAUAGGAUCUAUUCCCGUGGAGCAUCGCAAAGAUUGGUAUGAUUUAGGGAUUCACCGUUGCUUCCCUAGUGCCAAAGUCAUACAUCUCCGGGCAGGACAUUAUGACAUUUUGGAUAAUGAUGUCCUGAUUAAAUCAUUACAAGACGGGUUUAUCCCCUCGUCUCGACUGUAG